UACGCACUGGUUCUGACUUCUGACUGUAGCUGUCCAAACUCGGAACAUAACCUAAAUAAUAGUGUUUAAAUUUUGUUAGUUUACAAAGUUUGGGUUUCAAUAGUUAUUUUCUAACAUAUCGAUAAAUAGUGAUGGCUGGAGAAGUAGUAGUAGACGCUUUGCCUUAUAUAGACCAAGGAUAUGACGAGCCGGGCGUAAGGGAAGCAGCCUUUGCCAUGGUAGAAGAAGAAUGUCGACGUUAUAGACCAACGAAGAAUUAUCUAGAACAUCUGCCACCAUUAAACAUCUCCUCAUUUGAAACUCAGAUUAUGCACAAUGAAUUUGAACGGCUUCAGAACCGGCUUCCAAUGGAAACAAUUUCCAUGAAACGUUACGAGUUGCCCCCUCCUCCAAGUGGGAAAUUGAACGAGCUGAACGCGUGGUCAGAGUGCGUGAACAAUUCUCAAGCCCAACUUGAGCAUCAAGGUGUUAGAAUUUUAAAUCUGCAACUUAUGCUAGAAUACUGUUGUCCUGCUUGGCAAAGAUACCUUCAAACAUUACAAGACUUGGAGAAAAUCGCAUCCAAAAAAUUAGCCGCGCUUCGACAAGCGUUACAAGAAGUUAACUGGCAGAGGAAGUCGCUUCAAACCAAAGGAGGUGACCAGUUGAAGAACCUAGAAGCCAAAUGGGUGGCAUUGGUGUCACAUAACUAUGAAAUUGAACAAGCCUGCGUGAUGGCCGAGGAAUACAUUGCAAGAGUUAACCAGAACCCAGAACUGAUCAAUACCCAAAUUUUACCCACUGGUUCCCCUUAAUAAACAAACCUGCUUUGCUAUAAUCAGUA